AUGCCAGUAUCAGAAACAGCACCAUUGCUAUCAAAUCAUUCAAGCAGACCAGUUCAUGUAUAUGCUACAAUAGCAGCCAUGGGAGGACUUGUAUGUGGUUAUGAUACAGGUUCAAUUUCAGGCAUCAUCGCACUACCUAAUUUUCAAGAGCGAUUCUUUCUCUAUGGCUCGUCUGCUUAUUACCAAAGCAUGUUAUUAGCUUCAUUUCUUGUUACUUGUAUGAGUGGGGCAUUUUUUUCUGGCUAUUUUUGUGAUCAUAUCGGCAGAAAGCAUUCAAUGUUACUAGGUUCUUGUUUACUUUGGGUAGGCAUAUCAUGCGAACUUUUGGGUUUAAAUAUGUUGUCCCUUGUUCUAGGGCGGCUGAUCAGCGGUACAGGCACCGGUCUUAUGACGAAUGCCAUACCACUCUAUCAAUCAGAAAUUGCACCAGCAAAUAUUCGUGGUAAACUCAUCAGUCUCUUUGCCUUGCUUUCUUCAUUUGGUCAGAUGAUUGGCUACUGGGUUACGUAUAAGAGUAGCUACUUAGAACUUGAUCUAUCUUGGCGCAUGCCUUGGCUUGUGCAGAUGAUUCUCUGUAUGCUGUAUAUAGUUCUUGUCUGUUACUUGCCCUUCUCUCCUCGAUGGCUUAUUGACAAACAAAGAGAAAAAGAAGGACUACAAGUACUGUCAGUUAUUUACAACGUGCCUCAAGACAAUACGUUCAUUCAACAAGCAGCUAUCGAGAUAAAAGCAUCUAUAGAAGCAGAGAAAAAGACAGGAGAUAGUUGCACAUUUAGUGAAUUGUUUCAAGGAUCCAAUCUAUCGAGAACAUGUUUUGCAUUCUUUAUUUCAGUAGCCACUUGUUUUACAGGCAAUGUGGUUAUCUUGUAUUAUGCUCCACAAAUAUUUAAACAAGCAGGGCUAAGUGAUAUAUCUGUUUCCUUGGCUUUGACAGGAGGUAUUGGAUGCUUAUCGCUCUUAUUUACAGCAUUAUCUUUACAAUGGUGGAUUGAUCUUUGGGGCCGAAAAGCGCUAUUCUUUGUAGGCUCAGUAAUUUCAGCCAUAUGUAUGAUUCUGAUAGGCUGUAUGUUUGAUUUCUUCAUAAAGGUGUCAAACGACGAUAUUAUUUUAACAAACAAUAGCGCAAGACUUGUUAUUAUUGCUUGCAUUUAUCUUUUCUCUGCCGCUCAUGCCGGUACAUGGGGCGUAGCGAACUAUGUAUAUACUGCUGAAAUAUUCAGUAUGCGGUGUAGAGCCAAAGGGCUUUCAUUAACAUAUGCUCUUAGCUGGGCUUGUAGCAUUGUGAUAACUUAUUGCGCUCCUUAUUGUUUGGCCUAUUCUGUGUCUGGUGUCUAUUACUUCUUUGGGUUGUGCUCCAUCAUUACUGUUUUUGGGAUAGCGUGCAUGCCUGAAACCAGAGGAAAGACAUUGGAGGAAAUCGAUAUCAUGUUUGACAAAUAA